AGCACCGAGGCCCGGCUAACUAACAAUGAAAAACAUCUUUAUGUGAUGUUAUAUCGGGCGUGUUCGGGUCAUUGAGUCAGAACAUAACGUAGAGUUUCUUCUCUCGGCCACUUCAGAGUGGAUCCAGUUUUUUAAGGAUGCUGGGAUCCCAGCCGGUCUUGCUGUAACUUAUGCGGUCUCAUUUGUGGACAACAGAAUUAACAAGAACAUGUUGAUGGACCUCAGUAAAGACAUCAUGAUAGACCUUGGCAUUACAGUCAUUGGUGACAUCAUUGCCAUCCUUAAACAUGCCAAGCAAGUCUACAGACAGGAUAUGUGCAAAAUGGCCACAGAAGCCAUCUCCUCAGGACAGACCAGCGUUAAAGCUGAGCUCAGAAGAACCGCCAAUACUCCUGCCACUCGUAUGAUUGCCAACGCUCUGAGCCAUGACUCCCCGCCAGCCACUCCAGCACGUCGACCUGACAACCGGCUCUCCGUCACGGUGUCCAAUAUGCAAGGCAAAGGCAGCAAAGCAGUUGUAAGUCAGCCAGCUGAUGAGGGGAACGGUGUGCAUGCAGUGAAGCGCAGACGAGUGACAGCUGAGAUGGAAGGCAAGUACAUCAUCAACAUGCCCAAAGGUACCACGCCUCGUACACGCCGCAUCCUUGCCCAGCAGGCCGAGAAAGGUGUGAAACGUACCUCUGUGUUCGCAAGACUUGGAGCUGAAUCAAAGGCAGACACAACAACAGGCUCUAACAAGCCCACUGGUGUGUUCAGUCGCCUGGAUAGAGGGAAUGAAGAACACAGGCUGGGCAAAAUGCCUGGAAACAUGGAGGUGGAAGAAGAGGACGAUAGUGACGGGGAAGGCUCCGUCCUCCAGUAUGCCGGUGUUCUCAAGAGAGCCCCUCCUUCCCAGAAGAAAGAGCCAGCUACGAAACCUGCUCCGACUACCCUGCGGCGCCUAGGAGGCAAAUUCAAGCUACCUCCCUCUGACACUCCCACCUCUUCUUCCUCCUCAUCUCCUUCUCCUAAUGGUCUCCCCCCUGUUAAGAUUAGUGUGCUUCAGAGACUAGGCAAGAUCCCUGCCACACACCCAAGCACAGCUGUGUCACCAACACCUGCUGACACGCAGGACAACAGGGUGACGAGCUCCCGGCCCAGAGCUCAGGAGAGACUGACCAUAGCGAGCCCUAAGGUGAGCAGCAGCACAUCGGCUGCAGGGGGGGAUGCUUGUGGGGCCCAGAUGGACGUCAGGGCUAUUAGUGUUUUUAAAAGACUGGGUAGCAAGAGAACCUAACAAACCCCUUCCCCUUAAAAAAACUCCUCAGACUCUUUCUAUCUACCUUUGUACAAUUUGUAUCACCACCUUUUUGCAUCUAUCCUUGCUAAGUGCAGGACUGCAGAUUGGAGAGUUCUUAUUUUAUUUUAUUUGUUUUUAGAUUCAUUUUGUUUUCAGCCUGAGUAUAUGGAACUUGAUGCUGCUUAGUCCUAGUCAAAAGUAGAUUUUUUUAAAUACUCUUUAGUCAUGCUGCCAUUAAAAAAUACACCUUUCAUAGUGUCCAACCCUUUAAUUUGAGAACUCAAAGUUCUGUACGUUAUGUUGCUUGACCCAAGAGCUGUUUUUCAUGUCUGAGUCAUGUCUGCCAUUUAUCUAUUUAGCUAUAAAUGUGAGCUUAAGGCAUGAGCAUGAUGUCAACCAAGCUGCCGUUUUUAACUUUUACCCUGUAAGGCUACACUUAAAAGAUGCUGCUUCUGCCUGAAAUUCCCUUUUAAAACAAAUUAAUGGAUAAAAAUGUUCCUAAUAAGAUGAAAUAUUUGGUCCUUUUGCAAGAAAGCUAAUUUUAAUGCUAAAUAAGAUGGACUUUUACCAAUCUCACAGAUUGAGCUGUACAACAGCUAUUAUACAAAGUAGGAAAGAGUGAACAAACCAUGAAUUAAAGUUUGUAAUUCACACUUUAGGCAAUUUAAGUUUAUUCAAGUGCAAAAAAAACAAAAAAAAAACAGACAUGGGGCAAUUAUCAAAUCCUCUUACUUAUUAGCUUCACCACUUCAUAAUUACCUCUUCUAUCAUGUUUAAAAAGUAGGAAAUAUGUAAAGGUGAAGAGGAAAGCCUUCUUUAUUUCAGUAUUUAAAAAGACAUUAAAAUAGUCACACAGAACAACCUCUGAACACUCAAGUGUCACAGCAAAGCACUGCACCUCAUCUUCUUCUGCGCUUUGUGGAGCAGAAGUUCACACCUCUAACUUCAAGACGUGCAUGUCAGCUUUUGUACCAUAACACUGAACAUUUUCUACAACCACCUACUUGAAGGCUGGAUCACGAGAAAAUUGUUUAUUUUGAAAUGCAAUGUUUAGAUUUGUUAGACUUGGUUUGGAACAGCACAGAACCUUUUCUGUUGCAUAUUUUUCUAUGUGGAUGUUCUUGUGUCAUGUAUUCCUGUAAAGCAACUCAGAGAUGCCAUCAGGCCUGGUGUCAGAGGUCUCAGUAGGUAGUUCACCUCCGCCCUGAGUGGGUCAUUAACACCUGUGUACUGUUUUGGUCUUUCAGAUUUCACACCAGAAUUUUAUUACACUGUAAAUAAGUGAGUGUUUAAAUCCACAAUAUGGAAUUUUUAUUGUUUUCAAGAAAAAAAUAGUGAAAAACCCACCAGGAAAUGUCAUGAAUUUUUAAAGAAAAAAAUGUUUGGAAAAAGUGUGCUUUGAAGAAAAUUAAAAGAUAAAGGGUCCAAACAUC